AUGUCACUCAUUUCCAACUCCAGCGCUUGUGCGGCUGGCGCCUUCUCGGCGUUGACUCCAGUAUAUGGUACUGAGAUUCUCGCUAUGCAUGCCUCUGUGGUAUCCAACUUCACAAUGGAGGCCGACUCUUCGCUACGAUACACCUCACCCUCAGUAGUAGCUCAAGGAUUAUCAUUCUGCAAUGUCACCGUUGUUUACACUCACUCAGACACUGAUGAUGAAGUAUACGUUGAGGCCUGGCUUCCUCCGUCGGAGAGCUGGAAUGAGAGGCUUUUCACUGCUGGUGGGAGCGGGUUUGGCGCUGGUCGCUUCCUGGUCCCAUACACCGGCAUGGCUGGUGCUCUCACAGAGGGUUUUGCAACCGUCACUUCGGAUGCCGGCCUGGGCAGUACGCUCGACGAUGUUACUGGUGCCCCCUGGAUAUUGAAAAGCCCGGGCAACGUGAACCUGCAGCUGGUUCAAAACUUUGGCUCCACCUCGCUCAAGGAAGAAGCUGUUCUCGCAAAGCAAUUGAUCGAAGCGUUCUAUGGCAGAAAACCCGAGUAUAGCUACUUCAACGGAUGCUCCCAGGGUGGACGACAGGGCAUGGCCCUCGCGCAGCAUUAUCCAGAAGAGUAUGACGGGAUCCUCGUGGGCGCGCCAGGAAUCAACCUGCCCAAGGUUGUAGGCAGCAUUUUCUGGCCCCAGCAAGUGAUGAACGAGAUCGGAGAACACCCCCACGACUGCGAGAUCGAUGCUAUCGUUCAUGCGUCCAUCUCUGCCUGCGACAAGCUCGAUGGCGUCGAGGAUGGAGUUAUUACCGAAUACGAGAAAUGCCUGAACACGUUUGACCCCUUCGGCGAGGUUGGCAGGAACUUCACGUGCUGGCCUUCCGGAGAGGCACGCCUGAUCAGUGUGUCCGCAGCAGCUGUGGUGAACGCUACGUGGAGAGGAAUGCCGCUGUCCGGAAAGCAAUCCUGGCCCGGUCUGAACCCAGGAACCAACCUCACCGGUACCACUGGGUUCCAAAACGGUAUCUGCCGCACAAACUGCACAGGCGACGGGGCGUGCUCAGGGCUGUACAACACGCUCGGGAACAACUGGAUGAAGUACUUUGGAGCCAAGAAUCCCGACUACAGCAUCGACAAUCUUACACGGGCUGAGUUCCAGGGUUUUGUGCGUCUGACUGCUCAGGAGCUGGCGUCAUAUUUCCAGACGGAUGACGCGGAUCUGUCUCCCUUGCAGCAAGCUGGCGGUAAAUUGAUCAGCUGGCAUGGUACUGCUGAUGAUGGUGUUCCGCCUGAGGGCACGGCCGAAUAUUUCCGCAGGGUCAAGGACUUGAUCCCCGAAGUCGGCAGCUUUUACCAGCACUACGAGAUCGCUGGCCUUGCUCACUGCGCCGGUGGAUCUGGCGGCCAGCCUGUCGAGAUGUUCAAACAGUUGCGCGCCUGGGUUGAGAAUGGCACAGUGCCCGAGAACUCCCCAGUCACCUACACAGGCCCGGAUGCCAGUGUUUGGAAGCGUAUCAUUUGCCCCUACCCACAGAAGGCUACGACCAAAGCUGGCUGUGAGGAUCUGAAGAGCGCGAGCUGCUGGCAGUGCGCCUGA